UGCCUUGCCUGCUUCUGUUCCUACCCUCAAAGCUUGGCCUUUGCAUCCACUCGUCUCUUCAUCCAUUCAACUCUUUCCCUCCUCUUCCUCAACACGUACGUUCCAUCGACCGCAUCCACUGACUUCGUCGACCAUCGUAGAUUCUCUGUGGUAUUUACUCCUAUCACCUCUGCUCGUCCUCCCUCAGUCUCAGUCCGAUCAUGGCAGCAUCGGGGCGUGCUAAUCGCCAGUCCAUCGUGCAGUCCAUGGGUCUUGGAGAUAGGAGGGCCCCACCAGAGCCAGUCUCUUCGCCGCCAGUCUUUCAGGCGCGUCACUCAUACAGUAAGCCCAGGGACAGCUUCGCACUAGACUCGCAGGGAAGACCUCGGAACGACAGCAAUGCGUCGCGAGCGACUUCAGUAUCACAGCGCACAGCCAGGAGGCAAAGCUACAAUGACGGAGCCGCAGCCAGUCACAUUCCCUCCAAGAUAGCCUCAACGACGUCCAGUCGCGCCCUGGACAGAGAACCGUCGCAACAGAAACGAUCCUCGUUGCAGGUGGACCGCAUCGAUGCAGGCCGGCCGAGCGUCAGUCGAGACACGUCGACCAAAAGACGGUCCGCACAGAUUGAUAGGAAUGUGGCUGCACCUGCGUUGAAUGCGCCUGCUGCUCCUCGAGCCAGUCUCAGUCGGGACGCCUCGGCCAAGAGGAGGUCCGUACCGAUCGACCGGCCCUCUGCCGAAAUGUCGAGAGUCACCUCUGCCGACACGGGAUUCCAGGACGCUCCCGUAAGGAGACGCUCUACUCAAGUCGACAGGACUUCGAGGCGACAGUCGCUCCAGCUAGGAAGGCCUGCGUCUCAAAGCAAUGCCAGCAUUUCGCAGAGUCAGGGCCAGGGUGUGAUACCCUUUGGUGUUCCAGUAUUGCAGGACCCACCGGCCAACCAAGCAGAGAAGCCCGCAAACGCAAGCGGCGGUUUCUUGGCCAAGCUUCUUGGGAAGAACAAGGGGACUCCUCCGACGGACGCGCCCAAGAAGUCUGCACCGAAACAGUCAAAAUCCCAGCUGGCAUCGCGCGAGCCUCCAGCUCAGCCCCAGGUGGCACAGCCGAUUCCUCGACCCACCCAGAGGACCACCACAAGCUUGAAAGACAGAAAAGCAGCCCGUCUGGCAGCAGCGGCGAGAGAGGCCGAGGAGUCCGACGACGAUUUGGAAUUCAAAUCCUUUGUUGACGCCUCUGUAAUCAAUGGGGCUGCUCCUCCUCCAACGGCGCCCAUAAUCAUAACGCCGGAAUCCUCCCCGCCUCGAGCGAACGGUGGUGCUUUGCAGCGUUUCUCUGCAGCUCUGACCAGAAAGAAGUCAGGCACCGAUCAGGCGUCUCUGCCACCGAAAGCAAGUGACUUCUCCGCAGAAGAUCCUAAGAAGAAGAAAAGGGUCUCAAUGUUGAGUUUCGGCCGCAAGAAGUCCAACGAUGCGCCCAAGGCUGUCAUUGUAGACGACACUCGACGCAGGAGGUACAAUACCCCGGCCACGCGCAAGCCAAGCGCGGGCUCAGUCGUAUCCGUUGGCGGCUUGACAGAUCUGGCCUACGUCAGCGACGACAGCAGAUCGGUCAUUUCCACAAGACCGCUUGGUCUUGGCAGGAUGUCUGCUCAAGAAGCAAGAGCCCGUCGCGCCAGGAGAAUUGAGCAGGACGAUACCAUUGAGGAAGCUGACGAAGAAGACGCACAAUCCAGCCCGCCUGUUUCAAGGAGGGUGUCCAGGGAACGACCAAGGAACAGCGCAAAGAAUCGCAGCAGCCUCUCUCGAGAUCGCCCCCUGUCGCCUAGCACUGCCAGAGGACCAGGUGCACCUCCUAUUCUCGGCUCUAACAAGCCGUCCAAAGGAACCACGCGAUCCAACGGCGUGGAAAGGGGCUGGACCGACGACGAGGACGACUUUGAGGAGGCCAACGACGACAACUUCACUUCGCUUGGCAACGUUCAGCCUGCAGAACCGGCUGACGUUCACGACGACGAUAACAUUGCUUCUGUGCUCCGUCAAGGUAACAACAUCGCCACACUUGGUCCUCAUCUGUCGGAUGCGGCAUCUGAAGAUGAGGAUGACUCAUUCACAGAGAUUCCGGAACAGGCUGCCGCCCCCAGCCGACGCUCGGAAGAAGUAAAUGCACCCGCGCCGGCACAAGUGCCCGAGCCAGCGUCUGUUGCAGUGCCCGUUACUUCCACCUCAUCCAAGAAGGCCAAAGGCAAGAAGGCGAAGGCGAAGGCGAAUGAUCCUCCUGUCCAGCCUAGACCGGAGCCUGGCAUCGAUUCGAUACGCAACUCCGCUGCUGUGGCCCUAGAUGAAGGGUACCGUCAAACAGGUCGCCCAGUCGAGACAGAGCCGGAGGUAGAGACAAAGGGAGCGCCAGCUUUGCAAGCCCCUAAGAAGACGAAGAAAAAGAAAGUGCGCAGCACUCCUGUUGAAGAGGAAAUCAAGCCUUCCCCGGCAGCCGAGGAGGAAGAGCUACCGGUCUAUGACGAAAGACUCGCUCGGAGCGCACCGAUGGAGAAGGCCGACAGCAAGGGAAAGAAGCCUGACGGAAAGACCGCUCUUGCUGGAGUUGGAGGUCUACUGGGAGCAGGCUUGCUAGGCAGUGUUCUUGGUAAUAGCUCAAAGAACGACGAGAAGGCUGUUCCUGAUGAAGUCCCAAUGGCACUUGACCCCGAAAAUUACGACAACACUCACUGGGACUCCGAUGCUGAGGGCGACUACUUCUCCCACGGAAGCGAUUCAGAAGCCGCAGUCGUGGCUGCGCCACACGAGCCGCCACCUGCAUCGUCGCAACGAGCUCCGGCCAAUCUCAAGACCACAGGUUCGGGCAAGAGCAAAUCAAAAGGCAAAGCGUCUCGCGCAGUCUUGCCUCCCGUUUCGCCCGUGCCGGUCGACAGCGAUGAAGAUGAAUUCUUCGCAGAAGAUGGUGAGGACCUUCCUCGAGGGACAACCUCCUCUCACGUCUCUUCGAAAAGGAAGCCAGUGCCACCAGUUGCUGCACUGGCAUCACCACCUGUGAGCCCACCCUCUGAACGGGAGCAGAGGCCGACCACCACCGCGUCUUCACCGCAGAGGAAUUUAAUGGCAGCGGCGCCGCUCGCUGCUGCCGGUAUCGCUGCAAACGACCGACUGGCUCGCAGAAAAGGUGCGGAUCAAGCAGAAGAAGACGACUUCAAUCAACAGAUGAGCAGAUUCAAGACGUACGGCAAGAAGUCUAAGGACGGAGACUCACCCAAGGUUGGGGAGAUCUUCCAGGAUCCUACUAGACGACAAGCCCCUGUCAGCCCCACGCGUGAGGUAAUGCCACCUCAGACCCUCUCCCGCAAAGAGCCGCCGCUUUCUCCCGACCGUGAGGAUGUUGGCGGAGCUCCUCUGAGUCGCACCAAGUCACCUCCGGCGCCAGCUAAACCUCAGAAGAGCAGUGCUCGAUCUUUGGGCAAAAAGCCUCCCCCUGUGAUCGAGCCUCCGAUGUCUAGACAUGGGUCACAGUCCUCUAGACGCGGUUCACUCAGAGGCAAGAAAGGCAAUUCGACUGUGGGAGCAGCCGCAUUGGGGGCAGCCGGUGGGGCUAUGGCUGCUGAUCUACGAGACGACGACCCAGCUGUACUCCGUGAUGAAGACGACAGGGUAGGUGAGCUGCGACCUCUCAAGCGACAGUCGAGCAAAGGACAGUCGCAGCGUCCUUCGAGCAUGCCAAGUCGCAAGCCUAGCAAGCGGUCAAAGGCUACCUAUCGCGAGUUGACUCCCAUCCAGCGCCAUUACCUUCUCAAGGCUCUAGUCUGCAUUCAGAUGCAGUCCGAGUGGGAGGAGCUCGAGAAGCUUGGCGCCCUGACUCAGUAUGGCUUCCCUUUCAGUCUGGAUCGACCCGAGCUGACCCGUGUGAAGCUCGACCUCAAGAACGAGUACACAACAGGGGAUGGGAUGGACGACGAUGAAGGCGUCCGAGACCCAUACGCCGGCGGAGAUGGUGAUGAAGCUCGUCGGCUGGAAAAUCUUCAACAGCCAUACAUCCUGCGUCAUCUCUUCCAUACGCACUUGACAACCUUCCCCGGUCUCAAGGAUGCUCCGAUCCGAUGGUGGCAGCAGCGCAUCCAAGUCUUCUUUGACGAAGUGGCCGCUCGAAAUUUCUCUACCAGUCUGGAAAGGGCAGAGUACUCUAGGCGACGCUUCUUCUCCCUCGCAGCGACGCGAUAUCUCGGGGUGUACUUUGCCCGCGGAAUCGGGGUGAGAGGCUCCUCUGAACUUCGAGGACCUGGUCCAGGUGAGGCCGGUAGCGAUCGAUGGGGUGUCGGAAAGCAGUGGGGCAAAGGCACGGUCAAGCGCGGUCUCGACCAGCCUGCAAGGAUCGACGCAGCCCUGUGGAAGAAAAUCGAUAAUCUCUUUGGCGAUGGCCCAGAAGGUGAGGUCUGGCGCAAGGCGGGCAAAGAGUCUACGCGUAUUCGCACAGACUGGCAAGCCUGGAAGGAGUCUAUCAUAGAGAACGAGGACGGGCUGGACGAGACGAUCAACUACCUCGACGUCUCCAAGAUUCGCAACCUUCCUCCUAAGUACCGCAAUGCCGAGGAGUGGGCGCGUAAUCACGCAGCGUACCUGCUUCACAGUCUCUUUGUGAGCUCUCCCCAAGCUGACUCCGUCUUUGGCGUCGUCAAGGGCAUCCACACUCUCUUUCCUUACUGGGGUGCUAAACAACUACUAAAGUAUGCAAACGCCCAAGUGCUCAUCGAGGGAAUUCUCAAUUUGCUCCUCGCUCGACCUGCAGGAGCCAAGUCUCUCAUCCAGCGUGUGGCCGCUUACGUCAUCGGUAGCGAGGCUACAACUUUGCAGAAGGAGUACAUCGGGCCGCUGAAGAAGGAACUCGCUGACAAGGAGUUGACCAAUCGCAUUGAAGAAUACGUUGCGCGCGGCAGCCGAUCAGAAAGGAACUCCCUGAAGGGCCGAGCCGAGAAGACUGGUGAUGACAUCUUGACGGUGAUUCUCCUCGCUGGAGCUGGUACCCCUCUACCACGGGAAGUCCAGGACAAGGUCAUCAAGAUGCAGCAUGCAUUUGCCCGCUCGCCCUACCGUGGCUCCAUCGAUCUGGCUUACCCGGCAUCAAGUGGGUAUGCAAAAGCAAACACAGACAAGGAUCUGACAGUGCCAACUUGGGAUGCAACUCGAGCAGAAGCAGACGAUGCUCGCAAGUACGCUCAGCUCAAGCUGUAUUUGCGAGACUGUCUGAAGAAGCGUGACUGCGGAGAAGCAGUGAAGAUGGCAAGUGGGUCCCUCUUGCCUACCAUCAUCAAGGAAACGCUGUCGAUCGUCUUCUACAAUGCCAUCAAGGAAAUCUCCAAGGUGUCAGACUUGAGCGGCCGUUUGGGCGACCUGCAGGCCUUUGUCGAGGAUAUGAUUGAUACCAAGAAGAAGAAGGACAACAGCAUUCAAGCCUGGAUCGCUCUCGCCGCUCGACAUGAGAAUUCCCUCUACUUUAUCUUCCACGAGUGCGUUUCAAUCUCUGGUCCUCUCUUCGAAUGGUGUCAAAUUGGUCUAGACUUCAUGGCGCUGAGCACAAGCGACCCAGUGCACCCUGCCGACCGAUCGGCUAGGAACGUGGAAGUGAAUCUGGAGGACAUGCUCCAAGAUCGCCGUCUGACGGACCGAGACGUGGACUUGAUCAUGGAGGAAGUCGAUGAGCUGGCCGUCUACACCAAGUGGACCAAGGUCGCGUACGAGUUGCAGCUGCGACAGAACUAUCUCCUUGCUCGUCCGGACGCUGCCACGUCCAGUCAGUUGACGGAAGAGGACAUUCCUACCGAGGAGAUGAAGGAGGAAGUCCGUGACGUUGACGCGCUGAUGCGAGAGCUCAUGGAAGACGCCGGCGUACCGAUUGACGACGGAACCCUGCCAAACGAGUCUCGAGGAACAGAGGCGAGGUACCAGGCUCAAUUCUGGUUCGAUACAAUGGACCCUCUAGGCCAGCAUCUCAAGGCGGAGAAGGAGUCCGAGGAAUUGCAAUACACGCCUCCGAGUGUCACUCCGCCGAUUCCUUGCCUCAAGUACGUCAGGAAGCUCCUGCCCGUCUUCAAUGACGUCUUGAGGGAGAAGCUGCCAGACUGGGAGAAUGGCGAUGGCAAUGGGCCUGCCAGGGUCAAGAGUCCGGGAAGUGAGCGAAGCGGAUUCAUGGAAGGCAAUGGUGGACCGACGAGGAAGCAGUCAAAGAGCAAGGGUUCCAGCAGCGGCUUGGUUGGGGGUUUCAAGAAUCGACUGGGCGGUGGGGGGCGAUCGUGUGCUGUGCCGGCGGCGAAAGCGCCGUAUGACCCUUCGGGGAGCGCCCCGCAUUGCUGUGCGGGGAGCCAAAAGCAGAUGGUCCACUUUGCAUUCCCUUCCCUCAUGAGCAAUGGCUCCGGAACAAGCGCAGGCGCUCAAGGACGCACCUUGCUAGGCUUCGGUUCUCCCAGUAGUCCUUCCCAAUUCCCGUCUCGCAAACCAAGGAACUCGCGCUCAAGCAGCGCCUUCACUAGUCCACCCCCAGUCGUAGCCGGCCUUGCUGAUACCAGUGCAGCAGCGGAAGAAGAAGAAGAAGCGGAAGAAGAACCCAAGCCGACAUCUCCUGCGACCGACCUCACCAAUUGGCAGUCCCAACUCGUGGCCGAAAUCGAGGCCAAGCAAAGGCAAGCAGAACAAGAAGCAUCGGAAGCUUCGGAAAGCGAGAAGAUGCGAAGUUCGAGUUAUUCAGAGAAGAAGAGGACGACGUCUGGUAGUGCGGCUGCACCCCCAUUGUCUUCCCCAACCGGACAGACGCCUGGACUAGUGGACUAUGGUUCGCGAAGGAGGACGUCUUUGACCAAGUCUCCACCAAAGACAAGUAUCGCCUCAGCCGAUCCGACGGGGUCCAGCGAUGAGGCGGAUGCUGAACCACUCAUCCCAACGACGCUGCCGUUGCGGCCCGUCAAGAUCAGCCAGCAAAGCGAUGCAGCCGCUACUCCAUCUGCUGCGCCCAUGAACCGCUUCGUCUCAGGCUCGGGUACCUCGCGCAAAGCGAGUCGGAGAGGCUACACCGCCGAUGAGGACACCAGCGAGCCUCAGCCAAACGCGCCCCGAGAUCUUCUUGCCGCUGGGGUACCUACGUAUCCAGGUUCCACAGCGGCCAAAGCUCCCCAGACCAACACAAGCGCCGAAGAGGAAUCGGACGAGCAAUUCGUCGAUCCUUCGGAAGGGGAGACAACCCCGGCAAGAAGGAAGCGCGGAAUUUUCCUCUCGUCGACGAAUUCGCCAGCAGGAUCCAUUGGCAGGAGGUCCCGUAGGUCGGGCGUGGCCGGCAGACUUGCGAGUGGGGGCGAGACGAGCUCUCAAUUUUCUCAUGACGCCUCGGUGGCCUCAUCAGUUGGACGAACCUCGCCCCCGCUGGAAGAAGUCCGUGGCGGAGCCUCGACGGGAACACCGUCCUUUGUGUCAGACCAGCAGGAGAUCACUUUCCCGUCUUCGACAUCGGAUGACGGCUCUUUCGUCAGUCCGGAUCCUGCCUCUUUCGAUCCGUCAGAAGAGGGAGGCUUUGCUAGCUUCGAUAUGACUCCCAGCAAUACAGUGCAACAACGUCGCCUCAGAACAACCAGCGACGACGACCAUGACGAGGAUAUCUUUCACGAUGACGCAAGCUUGGCCGACUCUCAAGAUCGCUCUGUACUUCCGGAUCCACGCUUUGACCCUACUUUUCUGGGCGCAGCUCGAUCCGAAACGCCCGAUGUCGUUACAGCGGAUGAGGCGGAUGAUGCGCGAGAAGACCAAGACCUCGAUGACAAUGCCUCUUUUGCGAGCGGCAUCAGUGGGACAGAGAGCAACAUCAAGAUGCAGUCUCGUACCUCAGCAAUUUCUACUGCUGCCUUUCCUCCCGCGGUACCAGUCCGCAGGAGAACUGGCACAGAGAAUGCGUUAGCGCCGAGCUCCGGGUCUGAAUCCGCUGCCCCUCGGGAGUUUAGCGCAGCAGCGGCAGACACUGCGGCAGCAAAGGCGGCAGCUGCGCGUAAAAGGGCUGCUUCUCUAGAGAGGGAGCAAAAGCAAAGAGAGCGAGAGGAGUGGGAGCGUCACAUCCUCUCUGCAGACUGGGAAGAACUUGAGGUGGCGAGAUAUCUGAACGAGUUCGGAAAGCACGUAUAUCAGGUGCGCUCGACGGGUCCUCUGGACCCGCACCACCAGAGCCUCACUCAGUCACUCUUUCCAUCUACGUACGAAUGGACAGAGUACUCGAGUGAUGGCGAGCCUCCCAAAUUCGAUCGCUUGGGAUACAGCAUCGCCUGGUUCACAGCAUUGCUGACCUACAUUUCGCCAAAUAGAAUGGUCGACUUGCAGGGCGGCUUGCCUGUAGGCGAGGAGGCCGAAGCGAAUGCUGCUGCCACCACUGCUCAAACACCGGAGGAGUUCCGUUGGCAAGCUCUGAAAGCCAACGGAGAGCGCUUCUACCUCUCUGCUCUGCCCCUGUACGAGAUGCUCGGCUCGCGGCUUCGCAGAACUUGGCGGUGGGAGUCAAAGAUACGGUCGUUGCUCAGUCUCAUUGCCUACACAUUCCUCUGGUGGAGAGGCCUUCUCCUUGCUAGCACCAUCUUUGCUACCAUCAUGCUCGUUCUCACCCUCAAGACAUACCCACCCAAGCCUGAUACGCUGAGGGAAAUUCUUGCUCGGCAGAGGAGACGAGCGGAGGGAGAUCGUUACUCGAAGCAGGAGGCGAGGGCAGCAGCAGUGGCAGUUGCAGACGAAGCCGCCUCAGCGGCGCCCGUCGGUGCUGAAUCUGAGGGCAUCAGCGCUGAUUCGAUAGCGGCGACCGCGGUCGGAGCUGCUGACUCUUUGGCGGCGACGAUCAAUCCUACUCGCUCGCCAAGCCGCUACAGUCUGGUAGCAGAGGCUUCGAAGAGGUACGGACUUCAAGUGUCCGUCGUCGCUGGUGCUCUUGCUGAUGGCCAUGAACGGGCGAAGAACUUUGCCCUCUGGCGAUCACCACGAGCUACCUGGCGUCUUCUGCUCUGGCUAUCCAUUGCCUUCUUCCUCACGCUCGGUCUGUUGACUCCGGUGAUUAUCGUCCGAGCGCCGGGAGCCAUCCUCGGCAUUUGCUUCUUCUUUGUUGCGCCCAUUGCCGAGUACAGGCCACAAUGGCUUGGCGUAGAGUGGGGCAAUCCCUUCGACUGGAUCUUCGCUGGCGUUCCCAAUGAUGCGCAGUACAGCUUGGAGAUUCUUCGCAGUAGAGCUGCAAAGGGCAAGCCGCUCAUUAGCGAUCAGGCGCUGCUGCUUCGGCCAGAGGACGCAACAUUUGUGGUAGCCGACGCCGAGGAUGACGAAGACGAGGUGGCUCAAGCAGACGGGGUCAGCAGAGGCGCUACGCCUGCGACGGCUGCGGCCAAGGGCAAUAAGAUCAAUUGGUCCAAAUGGUCCGAUCGAGUACUCAAGGGCAAGUCGAUGGCCAUCCGUGGGAGUGAGAUGCUCGCGGGCCAACGAAGCGUACCACUUCCGCGUCUGCCGGUCAAUGAAGUACAGCCCUCUGCUGGUUUUGGCUCCUUCCUCCUGACCAAUCUGUCGAAAGGUCUCAACUACGGCCUGGAAACCCUCGAGAGCAGAUCGGCCCAGAGUGCCGCAGCCGCUAGGGGCAUUCCUGGCGGAUCUUCAGGCGGACUGCAGGAUAUGGCAGAUGUAGACGGGACGUACUGGUCGAUCUACGACAAUUGCUGUGGCCACCUCGUCAUCACGCCUCAGACGAUCACCUUCCGCUCUCUCUUUGCCAAGCGUCCGCGUGGCAGAAGAGGGAUGAGCACAUCCGUUUCCACCUCUUCUUCUCUGGCCGAUGCAGACCCUUCGAGCUCCAUCUCUGGCUCCUCUUCUCUGGAACAGCCCAUUCUCGAUCCACUCACCGGCGAGCUCACCAUUCCAGCCUCUGAAUUGGAGAAGCAGCCUCCGAAGGUCAAGACUCUCCUGCAGGUGGACAUUGCACAGGUGCGCGGGCUGAAGAAACUCGAUUCGCGAUACCUGCCCUAUGGCUCAAAGUGGAGCGCUACCGUUGCUCGUGGAGAGGGGCUAAGAGUGACUGUCAAGAUGCCUCCUGGUGCGGCUGGGAUUGGUGGUGCAGGGACAGGGACGAAGGGCGGAAUGGUGGAGGUAGACUUCUGGCAGGUAGUCAAGAGAAACGAGGCGUUCAAUCGACUGGUUGCCUUGGUACCUCGCGAGUGGGAGAAGGUCUUUUGA